AUGGUGUGGGUACCAGAGAUCUCUCACCACUGUCCACGCACUCCAUUCCUUCUGGUGGGCACUCAGGUUGACCUGAGGGAUGACAGUAACACUGUGGAAAAACUUGCCAAAAACAAGCAGCGCCCCAUAUCACCCGAGAGCGGGGAGAAGCUGUCCAGAGACCUCAGAGCUGUCAAAUACGUGGAGUGCUCUGCCCUCACACAGAGAGGUCUGAAGAAUGUAUUCGACGAGGCUAUACUCGCUGCCCUUGAACCUCCGGAGACCAAACCCAAGAAGCGCUGCCUCCUUUUGUAGGAACACAAGCAGUGGGUGAUGCACUCACUCCAACAAGAGAGGCAAAGAAAAAGAAACAUUCUGGUGGGGUUUUUUUUAAAGUUUGGUAGGGCUUGGGGUUUGGAGUGGAGAGAGUUAUAAUUAGGAAAAAUUACGGGGGCAAAAUAAAAAUCAUGAUACUGGAGGAAUUUGGCAACAAAAAUGGUAUUGCUAACAAAUGCACACUGUGCCUUCAUAAAUGUUUCUAGAACAACAGAAGAAAUUAGAGAACCCUGGAACCAGUAGCACCCCUGCAAACAAAGAGCAUAACGAUAAAAAAAAAAAA